AUGAAUUCAGUGGAAGAAUCGGUUGCUCAGAGCAUUGUAUUUCUAGAUAAUGCCUUGGAUGUUUGGACUGAAUUGAAAGAAAGAUUCUCCUAUUGCGAUUUCAUUCGAAUUUCUGAAUUACAAGUUGAAAUCUAUAGUCUCAAGCAAGGUAAUCCAUCCGUUUAUGAAUUUUUCACUGCUCUCAAAGUUCUCUGGAAAGAACUUGAAGCUUAUCUUCCUGCACCUGUUUGCAAUUGUCCAAGAAAAUGUAUGUGUGUAACUGGUGUUCGCAAAGCAAGAAUUCAACAUGAUUUGCUUGAAACAAUUCGUUUUCUUACUGGAUUAAAUGAUAAUUUUGAUACGGUUAGAUCACAAGUUUUGCUUAUGGGUCCGUUACCUCCUAUAAACAAAGUGUUUUCGAUGGUUAUUCAAUAUGAGAGACAAUUUGUUGCCACUCAUGCUGGUUUAGAUAUUGAAGAUUCCAAAGUUUCAAUUAAUGCAUCUGAUAGUAGAAGACCACUAGGUUGUGGAAGGAGUAGCUUUAACCCUCAGUUUAACAAGAAAAAGUAUUGCACUUAUUGUGGCAAAGAUAAUCACGUGGUAGAAAACUGCUAUAAGAAGCAUGGAUUUCCCCCAAAUUUUGGCAGAAAUAUUAAUGCAAACAACGUUAAUGCUGAGGAUUCAAUGGAUAAUGAUGAUGCAAGAAGCACAAAAGGGACUGAUUCUUUCACUUUCACCAAGUCUCAAUAUGAAAAGCUUGUGAAUUUGCUCCAAUCCAAUGCUAGCCUUAAUUCUGCAGGUCCCUCUACUCACAUAAAUGGUGCUUCCAUUCCAAUUUAG